AUGGACCCUUCCAAGAUACAAGCUAUCAUGGAGAUAUCACCACCCAAGACAGAGAAGGAAGUAAGGAGCUUUCUGGGAAAGGUGCAGUUCAUUAACAAGUUCAUUUCCAAACUCACAACCACUUGCGAUACUCUCUCCAAGCUUUUGAAGAAAGACACGGAUUUUGAGUGGAGCCAAGACUGUCAACAAUCAUUCGAGGCAAUCAAGGAGUACCUUCAGAACCCGCCUGUGUUAUCACCACCUAUCCUUGGAAAACCAUUGAUUUUGUAUCUCUCGCUUUACUUUGAUGGAGCAUCAAACCAAUGUGGAUAUGGCAUAGGGGUAUUGCUAGUUUCCCCCAACGAUUCUCAUAUCCCUCUAUCAUAUAAAUUGAGGUAUGAAGUCACCAACAACCAAGCUGAGUACGAAGCUUGCAUUGCUAGGAUGGAGGCAUCCUUAGAACUAGGGGCAAAAAGGGUAGAGGUCAUUGGAGAUUCAAACCUAGUGGUGUCCCAAGCAAGAGGAGACUGGAAGGUUAAAGAAGACACGCUGAAACUCUACCACUUUGUGCUGGAAACUCUGAUUCCACAAUUCCACUUUGUUAUAUUCACGCACACUCCACGAAUGAGUAUUAGGUUCGCAAAUGUACUGGCAACAUUGGCCUCCAUGGUCAAAAUAUCACUGGGGUUCAUAAUGCGGCCGCUAAUGAUCGAGCAAAAGGUCAAGCCAGCAUGUAAGUGCACUUUCACUGAGGAAGGUGAAAAUGAUGGAAAACCAUGGUAUGAGGACAUGAAGAAGUUCCUGGAAGAGGGCGAGUAUCCCUUCGAAGCCACCUCAAAGGAUAAGAUGGCCCUGUAA